CACUCCACAACCAUAAAGCAGAACUUAAAGCUCCAUCAUGCAUUACUCAAUAGCUUUACAGCUCUUUCUAGUAGUGCAAUAUGCUACAGCAGUUAUAGUAGAUCCUGAUGCUGUGAUAGAGCAGUGCUUUAGAGGCAAUGACUGCAAUAGUCUAGCAAUACUUGAUAUAUUUGAUAGUCAAACUGUCACUGCAAACGAAUGCUGCACCAGUUUGGGAGGAAGUUUUCUCACUCCACCUCCAGAAGGGGAUGCUAUAUUCACAUGUGUCCAGUGCAUAAGUGGAGGUUUCAAUGCUUCCAGUAUGCACAUUGGAAUACCAGGAAGUAGCAGUUUGCAUUUCCUGACUGUAGAGUCUACAGCUCCUCUUCCUUCCACUCUCUCUUCCCUUUCAAUGAGAAUGUCUGCUACAGCUUUAGAUCCAAACAGACCACUAUCUCAGAUCCUUGACUUGCAAAAUUAUCCUCUCCCACUCUCACGAUUUGAUUUCUCAACCAACUCAUCUUCUGAGACUGUCACAAAGAGAUUUGGCGUUAAAGUGCAAUCAGUUGAAAAUUCCAUUGCAUUAGAAGAUGAUGCUAAUUACAAUCUAAGACUCAAUCUUGCUUCCCAGCCAGAAGACUCGGCUUUUCAUUAUACCAAUAGGGAUCUUCGUCUAUCAAUUGCUGAUCCUGACGUUGUUCACAUUGGUUUUGAGAAAAGGAUAUUUGCAUUUUCAGAGUCUGAGAGACACCCAAAUAUUACACUUGCUCUCUCAAGUGCAAUUGCUAAAACAAUUAGAGUUCAUGUUAAAGGAAACAGCACAAGUCAAUCAAGCAAUAUCAUUGACUCAAGAAUCCAGAUUAAUGAAAUUGUUGAAUUCUUACCUUCCAGUCCUAGUAACAUUGAAGUAGUGUCAUUUAACAUAAGAGAUGAUAAUGUUGGAACUGAAGACUUGGAGAGUUUUGCUGUUACAGCUUCUCUUGUUGAUGCAACUGAUGAGAGGAUCAUACUGGGGUCACCUGCCCUCCACAAAAAUGCUAUAAUAAGCAUUAGAGAUGAUGAAGAAAUUGUUGUGGAAAUGGAGACAUCAGAGAUAAGAAUUAAUGAAACUGCACCUGCUGUGAAUGUCUGUGCUGCUCUCUCUUCCCCUGCAGUCAAAGAAAUAUCUAUCACCUUCUCUACAACCUCAGUCACUGCCAAUGAUCCCAAUGAUUACGUUGGUGGAGUACAAUUGAAGACUUUCCAGCCAGGGGAGACAAGAGUCUGUGCUUCAUAUGCCCUUGUACCAGAUAAUGAGGAGGAGAGGGACGAGUCCUUUACCGUUUCCCUUAGUAGAUUGGCUCCAUCUCUCUCUCCUAGCAUUUUAAGAAUAGGAACACGUGAUUCUGCCACAGUCACCAUACUUGAUCAAAGGAUAGAAGCUGAAGAGCCAAGAUGCAUGAGGGAGAUUGAUAUGGUGUUCAUUCUUGAUUCGUCUGGUAGUGUUGGGCCAUCCAAUUUCAUUACAAUGGUCCGGUUUGUCGCAGACGUUGCAAAGAAAUUCAAAUUUGGGCCCGGCGGAGCGAGAUUCGGCGUCGUCACUUUCUCAGGUGUAGUCUCACUGGAUAUUCCACUUGGGCGACACUCAAACCCUGCCUCGUUCUACAUAGAAGUAAUGAACCUACCUUAUAAGGCAAGGACUACAAACACUGCUGAGGCCAUAGAGACAGGGAGAGAGGAGCUCUUGCAAAAUGGCCGAGCAGGAGUACCAAAAGUUAUAAUUCUGUUUACUGAUGGUCGUUCUGACGACCCUGCAGCAACUUUUCAAGAAGCUCUGGAAACUAAAAACGAGGGGAUUCGUAUAUUAAGCAUUGGUAUAGGACCGCAGAUUGAUACUGAAGAGUUGAAUGGAAUUGCUAACGUUCCUAGUAAUGACAAUGUCUUUCUUAUCUCCAAUUUCUCAAGGGAACAAUUUGUAACUAUAUUAGGACCAAUUAUUAGAGAAACUUGUGAGGUGACGAUCGGGUUUGCAAAGCCUCGUUACACAGUUGCUGAGAAUGGCUCGUUUGUUGACGUGUCUUUUGGUAUUUUAAAUGGGACACUGAACAGACAGGUUGAUGUACAGUUUUCAUUUAUAGAUGGAACAGCUACAAGUGAUGAUGAUUACACUGGUGUAAUGAAAACCUACACUCUAAACCCAACACAACCAAUGACCACUGCACGGUUUAACAUAAUGAAUGAUGCUGUCCCAGAGACACUAGAGUUCUUCACUGCCUCGAUAAGAGCAGAUGAUGAAUUUGUUAAAGUUACAAGACCAAGCACCAGAAUAGGAAUCACUGAUGAUGAUACUCAAGUCUGUGGAGGAAAGAUAGACAUGAUAAUACUAAUGGAUUCCUCUGCCAGCAUUCUUCCAGACGACUUUAACUCCAUCAAGAGAUUUGUUGCCCAAUUCACCAGCGAGUUCCCAAUCGGUACAGGUCAGGCUCAAUUCGGAGUCGUCACUUUUAGUACCGACGCUUACCUCAGCAUCGAACUGGGAGAGUUUGACUCACAAAAUGAACUAAAUCAAGCAAUAAGUGGGAUACAGCAAAAGCCCGGACUCACUAAUACUGCAGAAGCGUUGAGGAUAGCUAGAGAAGAAUUAUUAAAGAAUGGUCGAGAGAGUGUUCCUCGUGCUGUACUAAUUGUGACAGAUGGUCAGUCAAACGAUCCUGAACUCACAGUACAGGAAGCUGCUACUACAAGAGCUAAUGGUGUUGAUAUAUAUGCUAUUGGUAUCGGUAAUAGCAUUGAUGAGGAUGAGUUGAAUGCUGUUGCUAGUGAUCCUGAUAGUAAACAUGUGUCUCUCCUUCAAGAUUAUUCUGAGAGUUUCUUUAAUUCACUGCUCAAGCCACUGGCCGAGAGGGUUUGUGAGCCAACUUGUCAAAGAAAGAUGGACUUCAUGUUCGUCGUUGAUUCCUCAAGCUCCAUCACUCCGACCGACUUCAACGUACAAAAAGAAUUCCUCACAGAAAUAGUUAAGCAAUACAACUCGUCAGAGACGGCAAACUUUGGCUUAGUCCGGUUCAGUUCUAGUGCCUCUGUUGUCAUAGGGCUAGCAAGUGUUAGCGGAGAAGAAUUAAUAUCUGCCAUUAAUGCUGUACCUUAUCAACCAGGAAGCACUAACACUGCAGCUGGUAUAAGACUAGCCAUGCAGCAGUUCUUACUCAAUAGAAGAUCACAAGUACCGCAAGUAAUGAUCGUGUUGACUGAUGGAGCCUCUAAUGAUUUUGAUGAGACCGUGAAGGCAGCUCAGGCUAGUCACCAGAGUGGGAUUGAGAUAUUUGCUAUUGGUGUUGGUCAGAAUGCCAAUGAGGAUGAGUUGAAAGAGAUUGCUACUAGCGAGAAGAAGGUUUUUAACGUGGCAGAGUUUAAGAGAGAGAGUUUUGGUGCUAUUCUUAGUGACAUUGUCAGAGACACUUGUCAUGUCCCCCCUUGUAUAUUACCACCUCUUGACAUUAUCUUUGCUCUUGAUGGAUCUGGCUCAGUAGGUUCCAGAAACUUCACAAACCUUUUAAACUUUGUCUCUGAUGUCAGCAACCAAUACGACAUAGACAGGGAAACCGGUACUCAAGUAAGCAUCGUCACGUUUGCUACCGAAGCCGUUACGAAUAUAACCUUACCACAAUACCAAACUAAGACAAGCCUCAGUUCAGCUAUAGUCUCCAUUCCUUACCCAGGAGGUGGUACUAGUACCCAUUUGGGAAUACAGGCCGCUAGAAAUGAGUUUAGGAUUAAUGGUAGAAGUGGUGCCCGAAGGUUACUUAUUGUAGCUACGGAUGGACAGUCGAAUAACCCACCAGCUACUGCUUCUCAAGCUGAGCUUGCUAAGAGCGAGAAUAUUGAAGUUUUUGCAAUUGGUAUAGGAUCGGGGGCUAAUCAAGGCGAGUUGAGUUUGAUUGCUACUGAUCCUGACAGCACUUAUGUUCUGACCAUCACUAAUUAUACUGCUGAGUCAUUUGCAGCCAUAACUGAACAACUGAAUGAAGGAAUAUGUACAAAGCCAUUAGUUUGCAGUCGUGAAGCUGAAGUAGUCUUUGUCCUUGACUCAUCUACAGCCACUGGUGAAGACGACUUCAUGUCAAUGAGGCAAUUCAUCAUUGAUACAGUGUCAGAAGUCAACAUCAGUCAAACUACAACUCGCGUUGGAGUAGUACAAUACAGUACUAGCCCUCGGCUAGUAGUGAAUCUAGCUCGUCACAAUGAUUUAAAGAGCCUUGAAGCAGACAUAAUGUCACUGGAAUAUAUACCAAGAGAGAGAAAUACUGGAGCUGCUAUUGAUCUUGCAGGAGCUGAGCUUAAUCAGAAUGGGAGGGUCGGCGUUGCUAGGAUCAUUGUUGUGCUUACCGGAGGUCGGUCUGGUGAUGUGAACGCUAUACUUGAAGCUGUUUCUGGUCUCGGUGAUAUAACAAUUGCAGCUGUCGGAACAAAUGAUAUCAAACCUGAACUACAAAGCAUAGCAUCAGUUCCCAGUCUCGUGUUUACUACUAGUGGUCUGGAUUUAGCUUCAUUGAGGACUGAGAAGGAUUCAAUCAUUAAUGUGAUAUGCACUUCAGGGUCAAGCUGUCAGCACAAUGUCUUGUUCCUUGUGGACCAAUCCACGGCACAGUCUGUAGCAAGUUUCCAAUCGUUGAACAGUUUCUUUAUUCGUAUCGUUAAUCAAUUUGAGAUCUCGGAAUCAGCAAGUCGAUUUGGACUCUUAACGUUUGGAAGCAAUUCUGGAGCAUCAAGUGAUAUUGCACUUGGUUCUGUAUCAGGCAAACCUGAGCUGAUACAAAGGAUACGUAAUCGCCAGCGACCACUGACAAACUCAGGAGAGAGAUGGCUACACACUGCCAUUGAUGAAGCAGAGAGACAGUUCUCUUUAUCACAAUCUCCAGACUCUAAUGUCCUCAUUAUAGUAACGACAGGUCCUUCUGAUGAUGCUUCUGCUAGCAUCAAUGCUGCUAAAGGCCUUCUUUCGGAUGAUAACACUGAAAUAUUUGUCAUUCAUAUUGGUGGAGGUGUUACCGAUGAUUUGACUACAGAGUUGAAUGGGAUUGGAUCUGAGCCUUCAGUUCAUCAUGUUUUUAUGCUUAGUAAUUAUCGGAGGCGUUCAUUUGACACGGUCUUUCAUGUCCUUGUCAAGGAAUUCUGUGAUGAUGACAGCAAUGUCAAAUGGGAUCCACUGUUUACCGUACCACUAUCAGGGGAGCCUGGAACACCUUCUCUAUGCUACGAGGUUUACGGUACAUCUGAUAAGAACUUUAAUGUAUUCUCUGAGAGCUGUGUCUCGGUUAAUGCACAUUAUACAAAUGUGCCCACUUCUGGAAGAGAUUUGCAUCUUAUUAACAAGUUUGGCGUUAGAGUUUUGAGUAAUAAGCACUUGCCUAACGAGAGAUGUGUUAAUGAUGAUAUACUUGUUGAGUUGGUAAAUGGAGAUUGUCAUGUAUCGCUGAAUGGCGAGAUCAUGAAAGAAGGAGUUUAUAAAAGAAAUGGUGUACAUGUUAGGGUUUUUAAGAGAAACGUGUUCCUUUCUGUCAAGAAUUGUCAGAGAGGAAGGAUCGGGUUUAGUUUCGUAUCAAAGAGUGUCCUGAAAGAGAAAAAGAGGCUGACUUUCUUAGAAGUACAAGUGGAAGGAGGUUUAGGAAUAACAACAUCUGCUCAUGGUUUAAUUGGUCAGUUUUGGAAUGCUACUGUGGAGCUCCAAAGACAUAAUGGUGACAUUGAGCUUCGUAAUUGUAAUCAAGAUCCCCAGGAUUUUGUUGUUUUAAAGUUUUUGAAUCAAGAUGGGACAAUAAGGAAAACUGUCGGCGGGAUUAUGGGAUCCCGACCUUGGGAUUCUGCUAAAGAACCUUGCAUCUAUGUAGGAGACUCUGAGGGUGGACGUAUGUACGAAAUAUUGAAACCCAACAUGUCUUUAUUGGAUGGAUCAUACGAAGACUACAUUGUGGAAGAUUUGUUUGGAACUGAGUUCAAGUUCAGCCAAUUCUUACGUGAUGCUAGUUCCUGUAGUUACUAAUAACUCUAAUUAUUUUAUUUUUGUGGACUCAGUAGUGAUUUAGUGUAUAGUAGUACUAUUAUUUAUUAUCUGUAUUUAUUAUCUGUAUUAUUAUGCUGUGGCUAAGUACUUUUCCUGUUUUCCAACAAUCUCAACCAUAACA